CGCUGGUUGCAUGAAUCGCGUGAAUCGUGUGAAGAUUACAACUGAAAGUGUAAAAGUGAAAUAAAGAGGCAUGUAUUGUACAAAAAUAUACGAAAGAAUAAUUUCCUAAUAUAAUUCAGUUUCUAUGGUGCUUAUCAAUUAUCAACAACAAUUAAAAAACAAUUUAUAUUAGUGCGGAAAUUUUUUAACACAAAAAUAGAAAAUAAUAAAUAGAGAAUAAAUUAUAGAAUUUUAGUCAAAAACAAAAAAAAAAUUGAAAAUGGAUCAAAAGAUUGAAUCGAGUGACUUAAGCACUGGGAAGAAUGUGAGAACAAAAACAUCAUCGGUGCUAAUAUUUUUUGUAAAUGGAAAAAAGGUAAUUGACGCCAAUCCAGAUCCUGAGUGUACACUUCUUACUUAUCUACGUGAUAAACUGUUUUUAUGUGGUACGAAAUUAGGUUGCGGAGAAGGAGGAUGUGGUGCAUGUACCGUUAUGAUAUCACGCAUUGAUCGAAACACAAAUGAGAUUCGACAUUUGGCAGUCAAUGCCUGUCUUACGCCAGUAUGCGCAAUGCACGGUUAUGCCGUAACUACUGUUGAAGGUAUCGGUAGUACGAGAACACGUCUUCAUCCUGUACAGGAACGAAUAGCUAAAGCGCAUGGCAGCCAAUGUGGUUUCUGUACACCAGGUAUUGUCAUGUCAAUGUACGCAUUACUUCGCAGCUCACCACAGCCUACAAUGAAGGAUUUGGAAAUUGCAUUUCAAGGUAAUCUUUGUCGUUGUACCGGUUAUCGUCCAAUUUUGGAAGGCUACAAAACAUUUACUAAAGAAUUUUCAUGUGCAAUGGGUGAUAAAUGCUGUAAAGUGAAUGGGAACGGAGAUGGAAAUGGAAAUAGUUGUAAUGACAACAGUAGCAAUAAUGUUGAUGAUAAACUUUUUGAAAAAAGUAAAUUUCUACCUUUUGAUCCCAGCCAGGAACCUAUUUUUCCACCCGAAUUGCAGCUUAACACUGAAUUUGAUUCAAAUAGUAUAGUUUUUAAAAGCCCUCGUGUGACUUGGUAUCGUCCAGUUGAGUUGGAAGAACUACUUCAAAUCAAAGCACAAAAUCCAAAUGCGAAAUUGGUGGUUGGCAAUACUGAAGUGGGAGUCGAAGUCAAAUUCAAACAUUUACUUUAUCCAGUACUGAUUAAUCCAUCUAAAGUAAAGCAAUUAAAUGAAAUAAAAGAACAUGAAGACAGCAUUUAUUUUGGUGCUUCUGUUAGCUUAAUGGACAUUCAAAACUAUUUACAAGAUCUUAUCACUAAACUUCCGGAAUAUCAAACUCGAUUUUUCAAAUGUGCUGUGGAGAUGUUGCACUAUUUUGCUGGUAAGCAGAUUCGGAAUGUUGCGUCAUUAGGUGGUAAUAUUAUGACUGGAAGUCCGAUAUCUGACAUGAAUCCGAUUUUAACAGCUGGUACUGUUAAAAUGCUUGUAGCAGGUAUGGUGGAUGGUCAACUAAAAACUCGAUAUGUGCACAUGGGAUCUGGAUUUUUUACUGGUUAUCGUAAAAAUAUUAUUGCACCACAUGAAGUUUUGAUUGGAAUUUAUUUUCCGAAAACUUUACCAAAUCAAUAUGUAAUCGCCUUUAAGCAGGCACGCCGAAGGGAUGAUGAUAUUGCUAUUGUCAAUUCCGCCAUAAAUGUUUUUUUUAAACCCAACACAAAUAUUGUGGAUCAGAUUUUUAUGGCAUUCGGUGGAAUGGCUCCAACAACCAUUUUAGCACCACGAACAUCUGAAAUGAUGAUCAAACAAAAUUGGGAUCACGUGCUUGUAGAACGCGUCACUGAAAGUUUGUGUGCAGAGUUACCAUUAGAACCUUCAGCUCCAGGAGGUAUGAUUGCUUACAGGCGAUCUCUAGUAGUCAGUUUGUUUUACAAAUCAUAUUUGGUCAUAAGUCAAAAACUAGUAAGUGCCGGCAUUAUACCAUAUGACAGUAUAUCUGAUGAGGAAUGCAGUGGUGCAGAGACUUUCCACACACCUAUAUUAAAAAGUGCACAGUUAUUUGAACGUGUCAGCUCCGAACAGUCUAUAUGUGAUCCAAUCGGUCGACCCAAAGUGCAUGCUGCUGCAAUGAAGCAAGCAACUGGUGAAGCCAUGUAUUGCGAUGAUAUUCCACGUAUGGAGAAUGAGUUGUAUUUAGCACUUGUACUUAGUACAAAAGCGCAUGCAAAGAUUCUUUCCAUUGAUGCAACAGAAGCAUUGGCAAUGGAUGGAGUACAGGCAUUUUAUUCAAGUAAGGACUUAACAGAAUAUGAGAACGAAGUUGGUCCAGUUUUUCAUGAUGAAACUGUAUUUGCUGCAAAUGUGGUCUAUUGUCAAGGGCAAGUUCUGGGUGCAAUUGUUGCAAGUAAUCAGUCCCUUGCACAACGUGCAGCUAGAAGUGUACAUGUUAUCUAUGAGGAUAUAUCACCGCUAAUUGUAACCAUUGAGCAUGCUAUUGAGCACAAAUCCUAUUUCCCAAACUAUCCACGUUUUGUUGAAAAAGGAGAUAUAGGAACUGCUUUCAAAGAUGCUGAACACAUAUUUGAAGGGAGUUGUCGGAUGGGAGGACAAGAGCACUUUUAUUUAGAAACACAUGCCUGUGUUGCAAUUCCACGAGAUAGUGAUGAAAUUGAAUUAUUUUGUUCAACACAACAUCCAUCCGAAGUACAAAAGUUAGUUUCACAUGUGCUAUCUAUUCCUGCUCAUCGUGUAGUCUGCCGUUCGAAGCGGUUGGGAGGUGGAUUCGGUGGAAAAGAAUCACGUUCGAUUUCGGUGGCAUUACCGUGUGCCUUGGCCUGUUAUAGAUUACGAAGACCUGUACGGUGCAUGUUAGAUCGUGAUGAAGAUAUGAUGAUCACAGGUACACGCCACCCAUUUUUAUUUAAAUAUAAAUUAGGUUUCACAAGUGAGGGUCUAAUAACUGCAUGUUAUAUUGAAUGUUACAAUAACGCUGGUUGGUCUAUGGAUCUCUCUUUUUCGGUCUUGGAACGAGCUAUGUAUCACUUUGAAAACUGCUAUAAAAUUCCUAACAUAAAAGUAGGUGGCUGGGUAUGUAAAACGAAUCUGCCCUCCAAUACUGCAUUUCGCGGUUUCGGUGGCCCACAAGGCAUGUUUGCUGGCGAACAUAUAAUAAGAGACGUGGCCCGAAUAACUGGAAAGGAUUUGUUAGAUAUAAUGCGAAUGAAUUUUUAUAAAAGUGGAGACAUAACCCAUUAUAAUCAAAAACUUGAAAAUUUUCCAAUUCAGAGAUGUUUCGAUGAAUGCCUCAAACAAGCAAACUUUUAUAUGAAACGCAAGGAAAUAGAAGAUUUCAAUAAAAAUAAUCGCUGGAGAAAACGAGGUAUCGCAGUUGUGCCCACUAAGUAUGGCAUUGCUUUUGGUGUGAUGCACUUAAACCAAGGAGGAGCUCUAAUUAAUAUAUAUGGAGAUGGCUCUGUAUUACUGUCACAUGGUGGUGUAGAAAUUGGACAAGGCUUGAACACUAAGAUGAUUCAGUGUGCGGCUAGAGCAUUGGGUAUACCAACAGAGUUAAUACAUAUAUCAGAAACGGCAACUGACAAAGUACCGAAUACUUCACCUACAGCAGCUAGCGUUGGGUCUGAUAUAAAUGGUAUGGCAGUUCUUGAUGCUUGCCAAAAACUGAAUGAAAGACUAAAGCCAAUCAAAGAAGCACUACCUAAAGCUGAUUGGAAAGAAUGGAUUAAUAAAGCAUAUUUUGAUCGUAUAAGUCUUUCAGCAACAGGGUUUUAUAGUAUGCCAGAUAUAGGUUAUGAUCCAAUUAACAAUCCUAAUGCUCGAAUGUACAAUUAUUACACAAAUGGUGUGGGUAUAUCUGUAGUAGAAAUAGACUGUCUAACUGGGGAUCAUCAGGUUUUGAGCACUGAUAUUGUCAUGGACAUUGGCUCCAGUAUAAAUCCAGCUAUUGAUAUUGGACAAAUUGAAGGAGCUUAUAUGCAGGGAUAUGGCUUAUUUACUUUAGAAGAACUAAUAUAUUCUCCACAAGGUACUUUAUAUUCGAGAGGUCCAGGAAUGUAUAAGUUACCAGGGUUUGCAGACAUUCCAGCUGAAUUUAAUGUCAGUUUGCUUACUGGUGCACCAAAUCCAAGAGCAGUAUACUCGUCAAAGGCGGUUGGAGAACCACCACUUUUUAUAGGAAGUGCUGCUUUCUUUGCGAUUAAAGAUGCUAUAGCAGCUGCUCGUGCUGAGAAAGGAUUCAGUACCAAUUUUGAAUUACAUGCGCCUGCUACUUCUGCGAGGAUACGUAUGGCUUGCCGCGACAAAUUUACAAAUCUGAUUGAUGAACCACAUGCAGACUCAUUCACUCCGUGGAACAUUGUACCCUAAAAUUAUGCAGAAUUACGAAUUUCUCUGGAUUUACUAAAAGUACAAUAAAAGUUCAAUUAUAGCAAAUAUUUAAUAUGUAUUACUAUAUGUCCUGUAUGUAAAUAGAAUCCCCGAAGCUAAGAUGUUAUUAACUAUUUAAAUAAAUUCGAUAAAAAUUAAA